CACGAGCACACCCGCAGCAUGGACCGGCCAGCAGAGUCUGGCUCGAGCUACUUUGCGAGCGUCGUGUCGAGCCCUGCCCCACUCCACUCGUUCGACGCGUUCCGCAAGACCAACUCGACCUACCGCGAGCGCACUACCCGCGGCGGCAUCUUCACCCUCGUCGUCUCGCUCAUCCUCGCCGCCCUCGUCUGGACAGAGUGCCGCGCCUACUUCUGGGGCGAACCUUCGUACGAGUUCAGCGUCGAGCACGAGAUCGCCCACGACCUCCAGCUCAACUUUGACGCCACCGUCGCGACCCCGUGUCACUACCUCACCGUCGACGUGCGAGACGCCGUCGGCGACCGCCUCCACAUCAGCGACGAGUUCAAGAAGGACGGCACUACGUUCGAGAUCGGCCGGGCGCGCAGCAUCCAGAACCUGCACGACGGUCAGGGUGUGUCGGCGAGCAAGAUGGUACGCGACGCGUCGGGCAAGAGGGUGUUUGGCAAGACGGUCAAGCCGGUCGAGGACGGGCCAGCAUGUCGGAUCUACGGCUCGAUGUCGGUCAAGAAGGUGACGGGCAACCUGCACAUCACGACGCUCGGCCAUGGCUACCUCAGCUGGGAGCACACCGACCACGCUCUCAUGAACCUGAGCCACGUGAUCCACGAGUUCUCGUUCGGCCCGUACUUCCCUCGCAUCGUGCAGCCCCUCGACAACUCGGUCGAGAUCACCGACGCCCACUUUCACAUCUUCCAGUACUUCCUGUCGGUCGUGUCGACGACGUACAUCAACGCGGCGCGGCGCCUGUUGCACACUAACCAGUACUCGGUGACCGAGAUGAGCCGCACGACCGAGCACGGCAAGGGCGUCCCUGGCAUUUUCUUCAAGUUCGACAUCGAGCCGAUGGCGCUCACGGUGCGGGAGCGCACGAGCUCGCUCGUCCAGUUCUUGGUGCGCCUCGCCGGCAUCGUCGGAGGGAUCCUCGUGUGCUCCGACUUUGGGUUCCGCACGGCCGACUUCUUUGCCGAGCGGCUGCUCGCGACGUCGGCGCCCAAGACGCCUCUGCCGGUCGGCGCCGGGUUCGUGCCGCACGGCGGAGCCAAGACGCCGACGCUCGGGUCAGGGUUUGCGAGCGGGUUUGGUAGAGACUGAGGAGGAGGGGUGACUUGGCACGAGAGUUUUCGUUUGUGCGU